CCCUUUCCUGCCACUUUCCUGCCACUUUCCUGCCACUCAACCGUCAUCACGAUGGGCGCAACCAAGUCGUUGCCGGUAAUCGGCGAAAUUCUAACUACGUUGGAGUCAGGUUGGCGCGCCGGAGCUGGAGUUGUCUGCGCUGCCGUCGGCCAGCUCGAGGCCGCUGACAAACUCUUCAAAGCAGCUGGAGAGAGCUGGAACGAGUACUCGCAACGGUCCGCCAUCGGCGCCACGGUUCGCACGGUCAUGCAUGCCGUUGCAGGCGAGUUCGGCGAGGUGCCAGGGCUCUGGGAGAAGGUCUGGGCGAGCCACGGAGAGCUGUGCAACAGCCUUCCCCUUGUUGGCCAUGCGAAGGCCAUUGCCUUCUACGCGGCGGGCCGUUCUUCUGAGGGCGACGCUUGCAUGCGCGCUGCAACCCGGUCCUUGGUUGUCCUGGCAGCAGCCGUCACCGCGGGAUACCUGGGGGCAAUGGCCGCCGGCAUCGCCACGGACUGCGUGACAACAGCCAUUGACAGUGCUUGCAAGCGGCGCUUUGAGCCCAGCGGCCUACUUGGCGCAAUCAACUCGGCCGUGCAGAGCGGCGGCGAUGCCCUCGCGGUGGCCGACUGCCUUCUGGCAGUGGCUGCAGAUCUGAUCAACGCCCGCCGCCCGCUUGCACGCCACGCCGCUGCUGCGAUGCGCGCCAAGGCCAGCGAGGCGUACCUGUACCGUGCUGCCAACACGGCGGAGGUGGCGGAAGCGGUGCGGAAAAAUACGCUGGUGCCCGCUUUCGGCGCAAGAGGCCGGCGCGCCAGCGGUCGCGCCGAGACGUGUGUGAGCGAGAGCGUAAAGCACACUGCGGAUUACCUGCCGAGGCGGCAGAAGGCGCUUGAUCUCGCCUAUGAAGAGGGCAAACUGCCGGAGCAAGUGGAGCUCAAGGCGAUGCGGCUGACUGUGGGCAAAGCGGAAUGGGAGCGCAUCAAGGCGAAGGCUGUCCCGCAGGAGUUGGCCAACGCCAACAAGGACAUCAUUCCCAACGUCUACACACGCGAAGUAUUAAAGGACACUGCAGCACCGGAGCGCAAGGUCAACGUCAACAUCAAGAAUGCCAAUCUGUCCGAGGCCCAGAGCGUGGUCAAGAAGGUCGAGCAGAUCGACCUCAAUGAUCCCCAUCACUUCCGGUCGGGACCCCGCAAGGCCCUGGAGCGCUACGGCAAGCACGUCGUCCUGGGGGCCGGCGGAGAACUUCUGCUCAUGCGUCACCCAUCCUACCACCAGCCGCCGCCGCCGCCCACGCUGGGGCGGGGCUGGGAGCAGCGGCUCGACGUGUUUGGGAUUUAGGGGUCGCAAAGGAUGGCGCUUGCGGCAACAUUCAAGUGGUGCGCCCGGAGGGUCCCUACCUUCUGGACAGCGAGGCGAGGCCCAUUGCAUGUAUUAGGGGAAGGCAGCAACAGCCUGUGCAUGUAGUACAGGUAAGGCUGCGGAUAUCAGGGACCAGUUUGCGUAGUACAGUUUCCUUUUCAGGAAGUAAGUGCAAGGACCUGAGACGCUUCACGGGCUACACUCCCAGGCGUGCGUGGUGAGCGGCAGGUGCGUGAAGGGCAUAUUGGCAAGCCCAAGCAUCAGUCACUGGCGGAGAAAGUCGGGGACGUAGUGGACUGCUGUGUUAUGCUGGGUUAUGCUGGCAUCAGUUGCGUAAAUGGCCAUAGCGACGACGUUCAUAAGCAGCAGUGUGAGGUUUGGGCUGGCAGUUCGGUUGGCUGAUCUGGACCGCAUGCUGCAUUGCAGCUUUGUACAACUGUAUUGCGUCCUUGUGUAGGAGGGGCGGGGCUGUGGGAACGGCUUGGGCGAGCGGACGUGAACUGGGUACAGCGGCGGCGCGGCAGAGGAACCGGAGUCGGGCCUGUUUUUUGCGUAGUGGUAUCGCGUCUCGGGAUGCGUUUUGGUAGUACGGCGGGUGGUGUUGUCGGCAGGACCCGGUGAAGCAAAUCGAGUACGGUAAGCCUUGUAUGGGGCCACUGCUCCAUGUACGCAGGUUGCAGGCAACCGAAGUACAUGCGGAGCUCUGCGGGAUGAGACAGAGGCGUAGACCAGGGGAGGCGUAGACAAAUAGGCGGACCGGCGUAGCGGAGUGCUUGCUCGCUGCUGGUGAUUGAAUGUUGCCUUUGCGUGGGAUGCAGUAUCGAUGCCGAACUUACUUCAACCACGUCCUCGACACCGCCUACACAACCAGCGCCCCUGUGCACUUAAAACACCCAUCCGAGUGCAGAGGGAGGUGCGGAUGCGCGAGACGCGGUGGCGGUAGGUGGUUGGCGGGACGGGAUUACGCAACGCUGUUAUUCUGAACGGUGGAGACCUAGGCACACACACGAUUUUGAGACUUAUAGUAUACCCUGCAAAGCAACACGAGUGGGACGGCGCCCAUAAAUAGGUCGGGAUAGACGAGACGUGUGCGGACUGGAUUGCAGCGCAGAAAGGAGGGAGUGAGAUAUGCGGAAGUUUUAAUUUAGAAAAAGCAAGAGUGGAACAUGCGUAAAGGGUGGUUUGAGUUCAAGCUUCGUGGACACGCGACGCGUAAAAUAGGCGGGGGCUGAGGGUGUGGGGACGUUGGGCCACGGUUGCGUGCCACCGCAUUGGCAGUAGCGCACAGAACAAGAACCCAUUUGCCAAAUAAUACUUGUAAUGUUACUUACAU